AUGAAGAAAAUACUGAAUGCGGUAAGCAUAGCACUUGUUUUCUUCAUCGCAAAGUGCAGAGGCAGCUGGAACACUUUUAGUGGGAGCUUGUACAGCAGUGCAGAUCCAUCCAUAGAAGGAAACAGUGCAGUGAACAGAAUAAUACACCAACUUACCCAUCCUGAACAGUAUAUAUUAGCGAAUACUAUGCAUGGAAGUAUCUCCAAUCCUACACACGGCAUGCCUAGGACACCAAAACAGGAAGAUGGAACAAACACUCAAGAUUUCUCUCUUUUUAAUCAAUACCAAUGCAGUCUAAGCCAGAAUAAACAGAAGUCUUGUGCAGAGCAGCUGAAAAUAGAAGAAGAAUCUAGACAACAGCAGCACAUAGCACCUCCUACUGCUGAUAUGAGUGUGUUUAAUGUGCCACGAGCUACAGUUAUUAUUUCCAGAAAUGGAAGCCAAAUGGUGGGCGAAAAGAGCCCAUUUCUUGGCUAUUUUGGGACAGAUGCGAGCAGUAGUAGAAUAUGCAAUCCACCAAAAUCGACAGAAGCAUGGAAAGAUAUGUACCUCCCAUCCUCGCAAAUUGCAGGAGGGCCUAGUACAAGCGGUGUUUCUACUUCUGGAGAAAAAAGAAAAGCAGAAAAGAUGGAUAUUUCUACAGAAGCUUCUGCCUUUCAGCCUGCAGCAAAGAGUAAAAAAAAAGAGACGGCCCCGCAGUGUGAGCCAUGCUCUUCUACAAAUGCAGCAAAAGAGCGAAAGAGAAUAAAAAAUCUCAAUGUAAAAACAUGGAACAUGGCAAGACUCACUAAUAAAAGAAGAGAGAACUACAAACUAUACCAUCAAACAGUGUAUAACUGCAAGCACGGUAACUUCUACAACUACAUGUGGUAUGAAAUAAAAAAAGACGCGUAUGAAAAAACAAUGAGAGAAGAUAUAGAAAAUUUCUCUGAUUUGAUUGCCCCCGCAAUAGAGCAGAAUACACUGUGGUAUUUCAUUGCAAGUAGGACUAUAAACGUAGUCACAAGACACAGAGACCUUUUGUGGCUGGAUAAACUGAUAAGUGAUAAGGAUGCUGGCCGGCUUAGAAAAUCAAUAGAAAGCUUUAAGGGAUACUAUCCUGGAGUGGUUGAGGAGAUGCUAGCAUACAUGGAAAAACACAAGCCAUUGCGAGUUAUCAAAAGCUAUCCCACAACUACAUGGAAUGAAACGCUAGGAGAUAUAUAUUUGCCAAAAAGCCUAGAUCUAAAGUAUGAGAUGGUGAAAAACCAAGGUAAAAUUAGCCAGGUGGAAAAUAAGUAUUCAGCACUGGCCUAUGCUCUGCGCAUGAUUCUAGCAUUGUCUGAAGUGCACCAAGACUUUUCACAGAUCACCAUUACUCUCAUAAAGAACAGCAAAAUCCUUAAAAGCGCCUCUAAAAAUGAAAGAGCGCAGCAAGUUCUGCUGUCCAUACACACAAUAAUAAAGAAGUUUGCAGAGAACCACGAAAAAAUAGAAAAUGAAUACAAAAAUAUUUAUGCGGCUCUUGAGACCAUAUACGAGAGAAAAGCACAGAAAAAGCCAACAGUGUCAGAGCUAUAUAAGGAGAUAUACAUACUUCUUGCAGAGUUCUAUGAGAAGGUAAAAGUCUUUGACAUCAACAGCCAUGUUUUUGCAGGAAAGUGUGCCAUAAAGCAUCAAAAGUACGUUAGAUGUGAGGCAACCUUGGUAUCUGCCUCAAAAAAGUCCUGUGAAAGAGUUAGCGACCCUAAAUAUACACUUGAUCUGAAAAAAUGGGGCAUUUCGCCUGAUGUAAAAUCACACUAUCAUGUUUACUAUGUGAACAACACAACCCACCAGUCCAGAAAACUGUGCAUGCCCAUAUACAAAAGAGACGAGAGCUCAGAAGAACAGUACAUACAUACAAUUGAUGGCAUACUAAGCUAUAUAAAGGAGAUAUAUGAAAUAGAAGAGAAUCCCUGGGCUAUACAUCCUUUCAAAGUGGACAUAAAAACGAGAAAGUGGUCGUAUAUUAAAGAUGAGGAGAGAAAUCUAACAGCAAAAGACCUGAAAGGAUACCAGGUAGUGUUUUAUCGCAUUGAUGAAGACAUAGCAACGGCAAAGUUUACGUUUGCAGAAUUUAGGCCUUUGAUCCAGCAUAGCGGCAAUAGCAUUAGUAUACCUCUGUUUCUCACUCCUCUGAUGCGAUCUGCCAUAGAUCUAGGGCCUUUUACUGAAAAAGCCAAACACAAAGAGAUAAAUCUAACGAUAGAUUUUGAGGAUGUGGAGCCUAGUGUGUACAAUUUUAACAAUAUCUAUAUAUACGAAGAGUACUCAAACAUACACACAUACUACAGCAACCUAUGCAUACUUCCAGAGGAGGAGAAGGAAGAGUCUCUCGACUGCUACAUCAUGGACUAUCAGGUGGUUGAAGAGGAUAACACUAAAAAAGCCGUGUGGUAUGUGAAUAUGACGCAGGGUGCAAAUGCAUAUACACACUGUUUACUUGACAAGAGGUUCAAAGAAAAAGAAAAUUCAAGAAAGCUCAAUAGUUUUAUCGAUGCACUGGAGUCAAGGAAGUACAACAAGGGAAGCGAUCUGCAAAGCAUUUGGCUGACAGAUGAUACAGAAGACAGCGAGUCAGAAAAAAUACAUACGUGGCUGGUGAAAGACCAAGAAAAGAGCUAUGUAACUAAAGAGAACAUUGAGACAAUUAUGGGCGUGAUAGGAAAAGAAAAAGAAAGGGUUAAAAAAGCAGAGGAAAACUUUGGAAAAGCAGACAAAGAGCUAACUGAAAUAAAAGAAUCAGGCAAAGGAGAUGAGAAGAAGACAAGAAACAAAAAGAAAGCAGCAAUCAGCGCGAAAUACAAAGCAAAAAAGCAUCUAGAAUCUUUAUACAAAGAGCUGCACGAUGCAAUGUCUGAAAGGUCAGAUAAACACGCAGAUUUUAUAGUGCUCCGCAAUGUGAACAGCAACAAGUCUAACCUGGGGGCACACAACGAGAUUCUUGAUGUUUUGAUCUCAGUCUACAACCUUUGA